AUGGUUUACGAGGUUCUUUUUGUCGCUUUCACAUUUAUAGGAAUCAACACAAGCAGUGUAAGUACCUCUAACAUAUCUAUAUUGGAAAUAUUGGUUGAUAUGUAUGGUAGGACUGUUUUUUACAUCAGGCUUCUCAUCACCUGCAUAAUUUGUAUUUCUAACUGGCGCUUCUCAGAACGGAAUCGCCAUAACGGUUCUCGAAAUCUGAGCUGUCAUUGUAAACUUAGGAGUAAAUGAUCCUAUUCCAAUCGAUUGCUUCCGACAAGCUUAAUGUUAAAGAGAAGUCUUCGUUGUCAUGUCAAUAGGACUUAGAUUUUACCGGUUUGGCACGCCUUUGAAAAUGUGGUAAUUAAGGGUACAACUGUUUCAGUAUUGUACACAGCAACACAGCAACGGCAAUCAUUUCAGUGAGUUUAUUUCUUCACGGCGUUUAACGAAAUCGAUAAAAAUAAUCUCGCUGAACUGAUUGCUGUCGCUGUGUGCAAUACUGACACAGUUGUUUCCUUAGUUGGCACAUUUUCAAAGGCGUUUUGGAUUUUGCCUUUGUCCACAAGAAUUAAAUUUUCAUUCUGAGAGAUGAAUAGGCACUUUGUCCUCUUCGAAACCGAAAGUGGAAGGGUCGUUGUUACACAAAAGCUUCCUUUGUUUGUAAUCGUCAUCACGAGUUAGUGACGAUUACCACCACAGAUGAUCUUCGCUAUCUGUAAGCUAACGUGUAUUCUAUGAAGUCGAAAGCAUGAAUACUGUGGUAAUCGCAAGAUAAAAAUAGUUAUUAUCCAAACAUACCAUCAAAGCUAGAAGACUAAUUGAAAGCGAAAUAUUUGAUACCAGAGGAAAACGUAAGGGCAAAUAUCACAAUAUUGUUGCCGGCAAAUGUAAUGUUGUUUUGACUAGACGCUCGAUACUUGAGACCUCUGGUACAAAAUGUUAUUUGUUCAAGGUAAAAUAAAAUUUCUUCAAAUUAAACUGUUUUUAUCUCACCGCAAAGCUGUUAUUACUUAGUAUAAGAAUUUGCUCAGGAUCGUACCUCCUGAGUGCUAUUGUUCGAAGUUUUAAAAGUCACUUCGUUUAAUGAAUAAGAAUCGAUAAAACAAUCCAAACUACCAACUGAAUUCAAAACUGAUGUUUGCUUUUUCUUGAUCUUAGAAGCUAGCUAAGCUGGUGUAAACAUAGACACGUAGAAAAGGAGCCUCCCCCUCUCCCCUCCCCUCCCUCUUCAUCUUUCUCCCCCCCUCUCCCCUCCCCUCCCUCUUCAUCUUUCUCCCCCCCUCUCCCCUCCCUCCCUCUUCAUCUUUCUCCCCCCUCCCCUCCCCUCCCUCUUCAUCUUUCUCCCCCCCCCUCCUCCCACUCCCCCAUUUUGUGCUUUUUGUUCCUUUUUUUCCGGUAAACAAAGUGUAAUCCAAACUGAUUUCUUUGUUGUUGUUCCCCUUCUGUCUUCUUACAGUCGCUUAGCGAUAGUUAUCCCAAGUUGUCCAGUCCGUCCUGCAAGAAAUGCCCUGCAGGAUCUUUUACAGUCUGCUCUCUAAAUGAAGAGUCACGAUGUGUAAAGUGCGCGGAAGGAACGUACAACGAUAAGCCUUCUCGCCGAGGAACAUGCAAGCGCUGCACCAGAUGUGGUCACAAUGAAUACGAGUCCCAUCCCUGUAAUUCAACGUCGAAUACCGUUUGUGUAAAAUGCAGGGAAUGUCCUCCAGGCUUCGGUGUGUUCAGGCCUUGUGAAAAGACUAGAGACACUGAUUGUGUUAAGUGUCCAGUUCCCGAGAGCUUUCUCAGCAGUUAUAGUAAAGUUGAAUGCGGAAUUAAAGGUAAUAGUUGAAUUUCUUUCCAAAGUCAGAACGACUUUUCCUUUUCCUGCAAUCAAACGUUCCAUAAACGGUGCAAAAAAGACCUAAAAUAAGUGCCCUCUUCAGCCUGAAAGGUGUUUUCUGUUGUGAGAUGUUACGAGCGGGGGUUGACCCAAGGGCCGUUAUGUUGUGUAUGCCUACGGAAGGUGCCAACCAGAGUGGAAUUGAUUAUUGGGACCAGUUGUUAAUUAACCCUUUAACUCCCAGAUCAAAUUUGUAAUUCUCCUUACUGUCAACCAUAAAAUUCUUAUUAAUGUUAGUUCAGAAAAUUUAGCGUUGGAUCCCCAAAUUGGUGUUUUUCUUUACUCUCAUAACUUAUCUGGUUGAUAUUGUAUUGAUCUUGUAAGGAGAAAUUCUAUCUUGAUCACUCAUGGGAGUUAAAGGGUUAACGCCAGGGAGGGAGAACUCUCUUGGGGGGAUCACAUGGUUUUUAGGGGAAAUGAAGGGGGUAUUUGUUGUCGCACAGCGGAGCAUAAAGGGGGGGGGGGGCUAUAAAAUAUUACGGAGCCUUAAGAAGGGAAAAGGUAAAUUUUAUAGUGACACAACCAGAAUCUUCCAAACCCCCCGAAUGUUGUGUUGUGAAAAAAGGAAUCGGCAAAAGAAAUCUUUGUUCCAUGAUUCUUCAGACACUCGUGAAAAUUUCGAAAACUAGAAGAUUUUUUUCGAUUGCAAAGUGCUCCGAUACUUCUUAGGUAUUUGAAUGUUUGACAUGAGAAGUUUAAGUGAUGGCAACUGAGAUAUGUUGCACGCCAGUUGUGUCUCAUCAUGCGUUUCAUUUUUCUGUUUUGCAGUUGAUUCUUUUCGCAACAAUAUCAGAGAGAAAGAAAAGCUCAAGGACAGUUUCUUUGUUCUAAGAGAGGAGGUUAAUCCCUGGGAAAAUGGCAGGAAGAACCCCAAGUCUCAGCAUCGACUUGCAUUCGUCGAGAAACAUGUCAACGCUAACAUCAUUGUAUCUGCGUUACCUUCUGUUAAUCCAACGCCUUCAAGUGUUUUCUUCUCUACGAAGCCCACUAGUGCUGUAGACCAAGGAACAAUUUUAGUUAGUUCUGCUUUUUAUAGCUCACCAUCGUCAUCACGGAGCGUCGAGAAAUCAAUUACUUUUCCCGCGGGAGAAAUCAUCGACCCUACACUCCGACCGGAUAUUUCUUCAAAACGUCGACCUCCAUCUCGCCCGACAGAAAAAUCCGUUUCCUCCUUUAAAACACAGACAAAUUUUGAAAUUCAAGGAGAUGAUGGGAGCUAUCCGAGUCGUACACCGCGAAACACCCGUCAAAACGGAACAGAUGCAACGACAACGCGUGUAGCAUCACCUGUUUCACCUUCUAAGAGCGUCAAAGCCAUGUACAUCAACCAUAGAAUGGAUGAAGAACUUAGCACAGAAUCCUAUCGACAUCGUACUACCAGGUGGAGUCUAGGUAAGGCUUAACUGACUUUGUCCUCCUCAGUUUUGUCCCGCGUCAAUAGCCAGCUAAUGUGACUACCCUUGGCAACACAACCUUAGCCCCCCUUACUCCCCUGACAUAUCCAGGGAGAGGGUCCGGGGAUCACGAUCUCCCCUCUAUUAGAUCUGUUUUGGUAUUUUUAUUACUUGUCAGACAACAAAAUUCUCGCAACGGUAGGUUUACAUGUUACUAUUCAGCAUGAAGUAUAAUUAAAAAAUGACCUAAAAGAUCAUAUAAAAUGAUCCAGAAGAGUUUUCUUUCCUUAUUUAGUUUGUUGGACCCUAUUGCGGAAAAGAAAAAUUGUCUUUUCUUAAUCAAAGUUUGGAUCCCCCCAGCAAUAAUUUCUGCAUCCGCUCCAGGGUGGUUGGGUGCGUUGUCUCCUGAGUCUGCGAGGGAGGCACAAAGGUGGCGGGGGGGGGGGGGAGUUGCUGAUUUUCAGAAAUUCAUUUGAAUUUCACAAAGAAGUUCAUCUCACAUUUCUUUAGAUGUUCAAAGGAGAAGUGAAAAGCCGGUGGACAAUAAUCCGUUAAUUUUUUAGGAAACCAGAUGACAACAACUAGUGUUAAGAACUUCUGCGAGCUUUUUUGCGCUGACAGUGACGCUUAACACUCAGGUUGCUACCUCGACCAUGUGUCUGUGUAAUUCUAAACGGGAUAUUCAAAAUAUCUCUGAUAUAUCAUCUAUUUUUGUCGGUCCCUUUCGAUAAUUUUUUACAGGAACUGAUAUUAACAAAGCGACAUUAAUGGUCACCAGUGAAAACGGACAUAUAGAAGUUGACUUCCCUCCUCCAACAAAGGAAAAUGAGGUCAGAGCCCCGUACCAUGAAUCUGACCAGGGUGUGUUCCAACAUUCUCAUAACUGGCUAGUGAUAGUAGUGAUAGUGGUUUCCGUUGCUGCUUUGGCGAUGAUUUUAAUAAUCAAGCGAUUGAGGCAUCAGAAGAAAACCAAAGGUAAAUGAUUUGGAUAUCUUGCGGAUCAAUAUCAGUAUCUGGGCAACUGCCCACCUACCCCUCCCCUAACCCGACGUAGGGGAGAGGUAGGUGGGCAGUUGCCCAGAUACUGAUAUUGAUCCUGUCUUGCAGCUGAGGGAUUUAGUUAUGUUAGGUUAUUUGGUGAGCAUGGUAUGGGGUACGUCACUUUUGACGUGCGCAUGAGCACUUGAGUGCAAUGGAUAAAAAGACACCGAAUCUAAAGUUUAAAUUUAUAAUUUUUAAUGAUAACGAUAACAGAAACCUGGCAUGCGCCCCAAUGAUUCUAAGAAAGUAAUGCAGGACCCUCUAAGACCCCCUUUACCCCCGAGACCUCUACUCACGCCCUUUAUAGGUAUAUCUAGGUAUUUCUGUGCGAACGUAUUCAAGUAUGGCAAGGUAUAUCCAGUAGAAAAUGAUAUCCAGUAGAAGUACGAAUGUGUUCAAGUAUGGAAAGGUAUAUCCAGUAGAAGUGCGAAUGUAUUCAAGUAUGGAAAGGUAAAUCCGGUAGAGUGUGAUAUCCAGUAGAAGAACGAAUGUGUUCAAGUAUGGAAAGGUAUAUCCAUUAGAAGUGCGAAUGUAUUCAAGUAUGGAAAGGUAAAUCCGGUAGAGUGUGAUAUCCAGUAGAAGAACAAAUGUGUUCGAGUAUGGAAAGGUAUAUCCAGUAGAGCAUGAUAUCCAGUAGAAGUACGAAUGUGUUCAAGUAUGGAAAGGUAUAUCCGGUAGAGUGUGAUAUCCAGUAGAGAUAGGAUGUGUUCAAGUAUGGAGAGGUCAUCCUUUACUUAAGAACAUCGUAAAUAUAUUGUUAAACCUUUUGUUGCACAGCAGAAAGAAUUUACAACAGAAUUCAAAAGCACCUGAGGAAUUACACUCAAACAACUAUUUGCCUGAAGCUAAAAAAUAUUGUUGAAUAAUGCUCUCGUCUGCGUCUUGAAGAUUAUUUUAAAAUAUUCCGCCAAAAAUGCGGCUAUUUAGGUAUUCAAAUAAUUAUCGCAAUGUCUUGUUACUUACAGGGAGUAGCUUCGCUUGUCCUCGUCCAAACUGCAUACGCCCUCCUCGCUGUGUGGCAUCGUCGGACUGUUGUGAUGGGGCUUCUAUAUCAAGCGCUACAGGAGCUUACACAGAACAGGUAUAGUAAUGGUGGGUUCGUCCACAAUAUUGACCUUCCUUGAACACUUUGUUGCCAUUUCAGAGAGUGAUUUUUACUGCUUAUUUAACUGAUAGACGGAAAGCCCCACAAGAUCAAAGUAUAGUCUGGAGGAUGAAACAGGAGAUUCUCUACCAAAUCUCAACAACCCAGCUCAAGACACUUUGCCUACCUUUCAAAGUAAUCUUGUGGUCGCAGAUGUUCAUCAUACCUCUCAAUUUGAUGGAACUGGCACAGGGUUAGUGGGGAAACGAGUUGUGUAAGUUUAUUUUUUCUUUAUCUAAGUUGUCUUAUCACUGAGGUCGAUUUAGUCACAUUUUCUCCUCAUAACGGGACGUCCAAAUCACAGUUUCCCUCAUAUUUUCUAUGAUAAUCGACCCUGUUUUCUAUAGGUCCCCUGGAUACAUAACGGAAGCGGAGGCCACGUUCGACAGCUCUGGUGGAAAGCUUUUCGCACCGGACUCUGAUGUCGUUAUCACUGUAGGGAGUGGAGCAGUUCAAGAGGGCACCAAGCAGCGUUUUUUCUUCCGCGUGCCCAAGGAUGACUCCACUUUGUUGCAGGACAUCCCGGAUAUGCCCGAAGGAACACUUAUUUCCCCCGUUGUCGAAUGUGGACCUCACAACGUUACCUUGCUCAAGCCGGUGGAAAUCACUGUUCCGCAUGAUCUGUGCUUGGACGAGGUCAGGAAGGAUUCGAUAAGGGUUUACAGAUGUGAGCCAUCUUCUAAAGGUAACUGUAAAUCGCUAUGCAAAAGUACUUUUAAAAAAAUCGCUUUUACGCACAAAUGGAAGUGGUACAGGAGGGUUAUAUAACCCGGAACCAAUUAGAGUGCUGAAUUUGGGCUGAACCGACCAAACAAUAUGGACAUUAUGGCCGACUUGAUUUGUCGCACAAUCUCAUCACCCCAAGAAUGUAAACAGUUUAUUCGAGCUUGGGGUACCGGAACACUCUCUUAAUUUUAGUGAUGUUUUUGUAAGGUUUUAACAGACACAAUGAUCCGGUUUUAAGAUCAUUUCCAGACAAUCAGUGGCUGUUUAUACUGACUUGACCAAAGGUUACAGCGAUACCUAGAAAUAGCUUAGGAAGGCAUUUUUCUAGGUUUUAAGCAUAUCCACAUGUUUAUAUUCUCGCAUUUAUGGUGGCUACAUCAGUUACAUAGAGACGAGUCCUUAUUUAUCAUCUAGGUAGGUAGGGAAGGGGGGUAGGAAUUUUGGUUAUGUCAAGAUACAAAUUACCUAAUCCUCCCAUAGGCCCCUAUAAUAUUCGUAUGAUUCCCCCCCCUUUCACUGGCAACUAAUCCCCCCUCCCCCCCCCAUAGAUAAUGUCUGGUACCUGAGGACGCUGUCAAAUUAAUUAUGUUAAAGGGCCGCUACGAUGGGAGAAAAUUCCCUCAGCGUCAGAAAAAAACUGCCAAUCCAAAGCAUGGUUUACUGUGAAAAAGAACUCCAUUCACAUCAAGACAAGAAAAUUUUCCAUUUGGAGUGUGUUCGCCUGUGGCGGAACAAAGAGGAAGAGAGCGACUGUUUACUUCAGCAGACAUAACCCGAGAAGUGAUCACAUUUACCUACGCUUCUACAUUUACAGUGAUAAUGAGGAUUCAAAGAAGGUAAGUCGCAAAACGAGUAGUCAGCUAAAAUGGUCAAGUAUAGCAUAAUGAGCUCAAAUAUUUUUGACAGAUUUAGGGAAGAAGUACAGGAGUGCGGACCAGCCCCCUCUCCAGCUGCGUUACUUAGUAAUUACUUAUUAUGCAAUGAGUAAUUCCUUUAAAAACUCAAUACCUGGGGCGUACAUCUACCAUAUUUUUUGAGCCUGGGUGUUUUCCUGGAUUGUUUGUUGCUAGCCUGUUCCAGGCGUUCAGUUAGUAAACCUGAUAGAAAUGGUAAAUGGUAGCUGUAAACGGUACGAUAAUAGCGGAGGAGUGAAAAAAAACGAGGGAGGCUUGGGUCAAGUCGCGUAAAGGAGGGAGGUCUGGGUCGGGUCGACUUUGUAAUACUUGUUGCACUGUUUUAUUUGGAUUGAGAUUUGUGUUGAGAUUUAUUUUACAACAUCUUAAGUGGCGCUCUUUAUGCUUUGAUUUACAUCUUUAUUUACCAAGCGAGUGAAAGCGCAGGAGAAAGAGUCUUUUCCUGGCUCGAGAUCAUCAAAGGAGAAACCGUUUAAGAUGUACGACGACGAAAAGGAUGUGAUUGUGAAGCUCACUGAUCUUGAAGACGGUUGGGAACUGGAUAAGACUCCCAGUCUACAGGUAUUGAGCAGAUUUAACAUGCAAUUCCAACAGAUCUUGUGGUAUGACCGCUGGACACUGCAAAUUAUUGCAUGACGUCAUCUUGGAUUUUCUUUAAAUUCGUUUUCCCUUUCCCCCCCUCUACCCCCCAACAAAUGCCUAAUGCUUCUUUAGCGUGUCAUGUUUCGUAUUAUGACAACUCAUUCUUACCAAAAAUUGCUUCGGAAUGUUUUCCCAUGACCUCAGUUAUAAAGUUAUGUGCGGAGUUGACCAAGGUCUUGGAGAGUGAGAAAGAUUUUAUGAUAUCAAAGAAACACUUGGAUGGUUCAUUUCUUUUUCCAUAAAAUGAGUAGUUUCCAUGCAAGGUAAUACGUUUUAACCUUUCUUUGUAGAAAUACAACUACGACACUGCAUAUCGCAAUGGAUUCCGUGCCAAAGAUGCCUGUGAUUUUGCAGUUAGACCGGCACGUCCAGGAGUGAAAGAAUUUUCCUGCAACCUUAAAUUUAAUCAAGAAGACAGCCCAACAGAGCAUUCAAUUUAUCUUUACCCGGGGUAUUCACCGCGACAGGUGAAGUACACUAUCUUACAGAAGUCAUAAAACUUUCGUGUGGUAGUAAUUGAGCAUUCGUGCGCCUGUAGUUACGUUAAUUUGUGCCCAAGUCGUGUAAAAUUAUUAUUUGCCCAGUCGUAAACCAUUUUACUCUUCCUGUGUUUGUAUAUCAUUGCUACCACAGUCGAACAAAAUUCGUUCUCCAUUCGUUAAACUAUCAGUCGAGGCCCACAUGUGAUGAAUCGCAAAACAGUCGCAUCCCUAUGGUAUGUCAGUAUAAUUGCUAAGGAGUGCGUUAUAUCUCUCUGUAGUCACCCCGCGCCAGAAGGUUAUCGAAAUAACGCUAAACUUUUCGGAUUUAACUGGUCGUAAUUGGCUUAUUGUGAGACAUGUUAAGCCUGUUUAACACUUUCUAGCAAACGAACGUUGACACGACCGCUACAAAUUAAUAUCUCGUUUCGUUCAGUUUUGCUACUGUCAUGUGCACUAUACCGUUUUAACCACGGGUUCUAAGCACCAAACUCUGUGCCUUAGUUUUUAAUGCGUGACAAACUGGAGGUGAAGAAAUAGAAUAAAAUCUACGUUUAACCCCUGAUAGUCACCCGAACAAUUAUACUUAACAACUUUUCUCCCAUAGGAUAAGUGAAUAUUGUUGAAUAUUCGUGAAGCAAACCUACAGUAAUUGAACCGGGGUCGUGUACGUAGCGUCAAUAUGUCUUCGAGGCUGUUUUUUUUAAAAUUUUGUUUGUUAUUCAAUCCGCAGACUGGUCGAAAUAUUUUUGUCCAAAAUUCUGAGAGUGGCACUUUUUCCAACGGUCGUAAGGUUGCGGGCGCAGUUUCUAUCACAAUGCCACCAGAGGAAAACGAAAUCAAUGGAAGCCAAGAAACGAUAACUUCAAUGGGUUGGUGACAUCGAUUGGUUAUCAUAAUAGCGCAAUUUUUAAUUGAGUGUCAAAAGUAAUGCGGGAUUACAUUGGUUUUCCUUAAUUGGGCUCCUUGAUUGGCUUAGACAGUUCAAGCCACUUUCCCAGCCAAUCAGAUGCGUGACUAAAAAACAAUCGGUAUAACAAGAUAAUUUGGUUUUAUCAACUGAGUCGAUAAUGCAAAUUUGCCGCUGUAAGGAGUUUCUUAAGCUGACGUUUCGAGCGUUAGCCCUUCGUCAUUCGCUCUGACUAGGGGCUAAAGCUCGAAACGUCAGUUUCAGGAACUGUUUACGGCAGCCAAUUUACAAGUUCAACUCAGUUGAUGGAACCAAGAUAUGCUAUUCAGUUUAAGCCGAAAUGGUCCUCAUGGAAGGACUCUAAAUGCUUCUCUCGUGUUUCUAUAUGUUUUGAGAAUCAUUUUUUAACAAGAUUCACGACACAGGAUUAGGUGCUUCUAGAUAUUCCUGGGAUCUACGAAAACCGGAACCUGAGUGAUUUAAGAACAAUUUGAUAGCGAUUACCCUUGCCGAGAAUAAAGUCUGGAAGCGAGAUUCAAUCUCUUCGCUCGAUCAUCUCUCAUCUCUAAAACAGUGAGAGCGAAUUCUGAUGUUUGUAUCGGAAAACCAAAACCAAAGUAUUAUUUACCAGCAGUCAGUUCUCGGGUCAAUAUCACAAGGAGUCAAUGAGAAUUCAAAUUAAAAACCAACAAACUGCCUAAAACGCGGGAAAACAGGAGCGAACACGUCGCAAUCGAUUCAAGUCUUGCAUCUAAUUGGUUGAGAGAGAGGCGCGAAUUUUCUUGAACAAUCACAGGACGAAAUGCAGCAAAACAAAAGCAACUACAGAUUACCUUCCAUGCUGAAGUGAAAAUUACUUUAGAAUAUUGGAGCUCAAUUGAGAGGAAUACAGUCCCGUGGUAGGAUUGACGCGACUUGGAUGAAUAAAUGGAGAAAGCUUGUCAGCGCAUUUACGGAAAAGAUUAAGGUAAAAGCGAUGAUAUUGUCUAAAAAAUAAUUUCUAUUUUUUGGCAGAUUCCUCGGCCAAUCAAACAGAAUCUUUCAGCUGCGAUAUAUCCUCGCUGGGCAGUGACAGACAACCAGUAACAGAAGACCAUUUCCACUGCAUACGCGAGGAAAUCGGUGCUAAAUGGAAGAAUGUCCUGCGAAAACUGGGUCUCAAGGAACCAGAAAUCGAAAAUAUUUGCGUGAAUCAUAAGGAAUAUGGGGUGGAGGAGAGUUUUUUCCAAGGUCUGCUGAAGUGGAAAAAACGUUUCGGCGAGGAAGCUACUACCGGAAAACUGUGUGACGUUCUUCGUGAGGCACGCUGCACGGAAGCUUUGAAAAAGUUAAGAGAAUUAAGGUAUGGUCUCUAAAUAAAAAUGUCAUUGUAUUACUAUUAUCAUCUUUAUUCCAGAUUCGGUUGCAUCUGAAAUAAAAUCAAGAAUUUUUUAAUUGACUGUCGUAAGUACUCUGGAAUUGCAUUGGUAUUUCAGUACCGUAUAUUACGUCGUUCCUUGAUUGAUUUAACAACCUGCACCAUCUGUUAUUCCAACUAUUUAUAUGUUCAAAACUGUUGGUGGCGACUUUAUUACUCGUGAUUUCCUGCGUUUGAAGGCAAUCGCGUCACUUGAAUUGAAGGGAGUACAACAUUUAUCCUCGGGUUUUAACUUUCUUAGACAGCUGAUUUCUGCCAUUAUUUCCCUCCAACCACGGCGGUAAGUUGUGGAAGAACUCGCGUGUAACCAGGAACUUUUCUCCUUCGUCACACGUAUUUCUAGUUUAGGUUGUCAUUGGUACCAAUAAUUUUCAUUGUUGACUGGCCGCCAUGGAGACUGCUUUUCUUUUGGCUUUACGACAAUUAAUAGGGAGUUUAAGAAAACCACGACGGCAACGGCAACGGGAACUUUGCUGAAAAAAAGGCUUUGUGAGUAGAAUAAUGGCUGUGCACGUGCGUUAUAAAUCUUUGUAAAUUUCUUCUCGUUGUCCACGGCGUCGCAGUCGUCGUUUCCUAAACUCUGCAAUGACAACAAUAGACAUCGAGCAGUUCCUCCUUUUCGGUGAAGUCCGUUGCGCGAAUCGAAAGCCGAAAUAAGUGGAAAAAAAAUGAUGUUGCAAAAGUAAGGUGUAAGGACUAAGGGAGAGUGGCAUGAAAAAUAAAAUUGCCUCUUUAUCUAGUCCUGUGGUUUAAAGUAAAACCGCUAUAGUCAUAUGAACUUUACAAAGCAACGGACUGCAUGUUUUGCUGUGUAAAUUUUAAAUCAACUUUUUGUCCUCUUAAGUUGCAGAGUGUGAAGCUGCUACUCCAGUUUAAGGAAGGGCGGCAAUUCUUUGAACAAGUGUAUGAAAAUUCCAUAUUAGGCCGUUUUACAGUUGUAUACUUAGUUGCCAAGCCUUUGAUCUGGAGUGAGACUGAAGUUAACUAUGUUGUGAUAUGGCAUUAUUUCUGAUUUCAUGGACUGAAUCAGAAAUAGAAAUUAUGUCUCAAUGUCUUCUGUAAUUCAACAUUCCACAUUCCACAUUCCAAUUAGACCUGGAAACAAUGGACAGAAAGAGCCAACCUGGAGAAUGUCGACUGCUAAAUUACCAUUCCCAUUAAUCCAAUUCUUCAUGAUAACCAGCAUUCAAAGACAAAACAUAUUUUUUUAGUUGCCAUUGUGCUUUAAUACACUCAACUGUGAUUGUCCUCGGAUACAGCUGGAAUAUGUUUUGAAAUCCAAAACUUUGCAUGUGCAGCAAAAAUUUUGCGAAUCAGACUUUUCAGCAAUCAAACUAUUCCAUCAAGUAAUUAAAACAAACACUUUUUAUCAAAAUUAGGUAUCAACAUGAAAAAAGUUAAUUUUUUAUCAUGUAAAAUAUCAGUGGUAGCAAUUAAUACAGAUUUUUUUAUGUAAUCUACAGACACAA